AUGACAGCAACAAACAACAACAGCAACUAUAUCGUUUCUGAUGAAAAAGUUAUUGAUUCAUUAGCUGAGGAAUUAGUUGUGGCAGAAACUAAAACCCUCAACGAAAGAAUUGGUGAAAACAAGAUUGAUUUACAUAACUACCUCAAACACGAUGGAGGAAGAGGAAGGAAAACUGGUAUGGCUUUAUUAGUAAAUAAAAUUUCAAAUUUAACGAUUAUAGAUGUUGAUAUCAAUAAAUCAUACAAUGAUGAACUUAAAGAAACAGUUAGAAAAGAUAUUUUAUCAAAACUUUCGGAUAAAGAUGUUAUCGUUAAAACCGCUUCAGGAGGUCUUCACAUUUAUUGCAACACUAAUUUCUUCUAUUCAACCUCGAACAGAAUGAUUAAAUGUUAUUCCUGCAAUGAUUAUGAUAUUGAUAUAAUGACUUCUAUGGAUGAUUCAAAGCGUUCAUUAGUAGUCAUGGCUGAUUCAAGAGUUCGCAAGAAUGCAACACAACCAAUCAAUACAUACUCAUUCAUUCGUGGAAGUUACGAUUCAACAUUAACCAGAACAGUGAAUGAUAUAUUAAAUGAUUUGAAUAUUAAGGUAAGAGUUGAACAGAAGAACGAAGAAAUAAAGACUAUUAUGAAUGAAAACAAAGAUGUAAACAUUGACGAUAAACUUGCCCAGAGCAUAGUUGAUGGCAUCUGUGAUUUUGAAGUACAUAAUGACGGUGGAAACAUGAAUUUAGAAAAAGAAGUUACAUUAUUCACACUGUUUCAAGCUAUUAAUUCGUUACCUAAUCAUUUGAUUAAUGAAGCAUACGAUAACGUUUAUAACUUCUGCAGUUUAACUGAAAAUGCAAAAAAAUAA